CCUCAUCUAUUUAGUACCUUCCUUGCGCACACGACAGCCGCCUCGCAUUGCCAUUGCUUCGACGUGUCGUGAGCCUUCUGUAUCUAUUCUAUCUUUCUAUAUCGAACGUUUGUCUCGAGCCUCCCGGGCUAACGAGGAAGAUCUGCACGCAAUGGCGGAGUCCGAGGUUGACUACACCCUCAACAACCCUGAUACCCUGACCAAGUACAAGACCGCUGCGCAAAUCUCGCAGAAGGUGCUGGAGGCCGUAACAGGAUGGUGCCUUGAGGGAAGCAAGAUUCUCGAACUUUGCCAGAAGGGUGAUCAACUCCUCGAGGAAGAAAUCUCCAAGGUCUACAAAGGCAAAAAAAUUGUCAAAGGCAUUGGCCAUCCCACUACCGUAUCACCAAGCUCAUUUGUGACUCCGUACACACCCCUUGUCUCUGACACAGAGGAGGCUGAGACGACACUCAAGGCAGGUGAGGUCAUCAAGAUUCAGCUUGGUGCCCAAAUCGACGGGUUUGGCACAAUUGUCUCCGAUACGAUCAUCGUCGCCAGAAAAGACUCCCCCAAGGAUGUAGUGGAAGGUCGUGAAGCUGAUCUUGUUCAUGCUACCUAUUAUGCCAACGAGCUUCUCUUACGCUUGAUGGUCCCCCCAGGUCUACUGGCUUCCGGCACAGACGAGGAGAAGGUAAAGGCCGCUGCCCAGAAGCCUCCAACCCAGAGCAAAAUUUCCAGCUUGAUCGAGAAGGUGGCCAAGACAUACGGUUGCAAUGUCGUUGAAAACACUACUAGCUGGCUGUUCGAGCGCAAUGAAAUCGAAGGUAACAAAAAGAUUAUCCUCUCACCUGGUGGUGGUGCCAAGGGUGAAGGUUCACCAGACGUCGGCGAAGUCUGGGGUGUCGAAGUUGGCCUGAGUCUAGGUUCUGGAAAGGUCAAGACAUUGCCGCAACGAGCUACUUUACACCGCCGCACCACCACAACCUAUAUUUUGAAACGUCCAAGCUCUCGCCAAACUCUUUCCGAGAUUGUCAAGAAGUUUGGAACUUUUCCUUUCAGUCUGCGUCAGCUGGAUGACGAGAAGGCUGCUAAAGUUGGUGUUGUUGAGUGUGUUCGAGGUGGUGUAGUUCGGCAAUACGAGCCGGCCGGUGAUUCGGAUAACGAGCCAGUCUCUCGUCUUCUGACUACCGUUGCCAUUACUAAGAACGGCUUGACCAGGCUGGCUGCUCCUCCUGCCCCUGACCUAACCAAAUUCAAAACUGACAAAAAGAUCGAGGAUCAAGAGAUCCUUGAAAUUUUGGAGCAACCUCUAUCAAAGGCUAAAAAGUCAUCCAACAAAAAGAAAAAGUCAGCAAAACCAGCUUCCGGAGAGGCGGAAUAAAGAAAUGCAGAGCACGGGAAUCCUUCAUCCCGCUCGAGUAGACACAGUUUGAAAGCGCCUAUUCCAGGGUGCUGAUAAUUCUGGAAAUUAAAAGGCAAACUUACUUGGCUUUCAAGAAGAAAGCUGGAGCACUCGAAAUACCGUGGAUGUUGCCAUUUGGGCGUCAAGGUGGCAGUUUAUAGUUACGAACUACUUCUGUCCAUAAAUACAACGCAAGCUAAGCGAGCGAAAAUUAAAAAAAUAGUGAGAGUGCAAUUCUACGUAGAUCGCUGGUAACAUAGUCAACUGCAUAUACCCUUCCGGAUGUCAUGUUGGUGACAUUUAUUUGAGCAUGAGGUAGCAACAGGUAACAUGCUCAUCCAGACUCAGAACAUAAUGUUACGAUCAAUUCAUCUGGAUUCUGACGAUAGACCAAGAGAACUUCUAGAUAUAUAAUAAAUAGGUAUAUCCAUAAUAUGCCAAGUCGAACAUUUC